GGUUGUCAUGGCCACAGGGCUGGGACGCCGAGGCCUAGCACAGGACCCGGGCCCGGCGUUUCUUCUCCGCUGUUGCUACUGAUUCCUCCGGUUCUCCAGCACUCCUGGAGACCGCCGGGCCCGGGGGUUAGCGUGCCGGUCCCUCUCCAGCAGCCUGUCCCAGCAGGGCGUUCCCUCCAUCCCAGGCUUGCUGACCCCAUCUCUCCCUGGCCUGGUGGCCCCGUUGUUCCUGGGCCGUGUCCCACACCAUGGCGCACCUCCUGGGCCACCGCGGCUGCAUGGAGAGCCUGCGGGCCGACCUGCGGGACCUGCAGGCCGCCAUCGCCGACGUGUCCUCCCGGGCCGGCGCCGUGCGCUUCCCCUCAUGGAAGUUCCCCGACAAGGUGUCCUGCGAGCUGGACAUGUCGGUGCUGCUGCAGCGCUACAGGCACAGCGACAGCGAGCCCCAGUUCAGCCAGCACGCACAUGUGGUGCUGCUGGAGCUGCUCAUAGACAGGUGA